CCUCCCGUCUCCCUCUUGCUCUCUCGCUCUCCAGCUUUCUCUCCCUCCUUCCUUCCCUCCCGCCCUUCCUCCUAGGGUUGUGUAUCUCUCUUACAUCCCCAUCCCAGCCUGUCCCUAUCGGAUCAGAAGAAGACCAUGGCGCAAAGGGGGACACCCCAGUUUCGGACACGGACCCUCCCGGAGAGGAGAGCCCCGAGCCCCGGAGCGCAGCUGCUGUCGCCACCGCUGCUGCUGCUGCUGCUGCUGCUGCUACUGCUCUGUGCCUCGGGGGCUGCGCUGCGGUGUCCAGAGCUGGGGGGCGAAGGUCCCUGCUCUUGGGUGACCCGGUCUGAAAGGAGCCGGCUGGACCAGUCGCUCCUUGGUGGUGGCGGCGGCGGCGGGGAGCCCGAGGCAGGCGCGGACGGGAGCGCACUCAGUAUCGGGGAAGGAGGCGACUCGGCUGCUUGGAAGAGUCGCUCUCGGAGAGCGGCGGCGGCAGCGGCAGUGGCGGCCGGAGCAUCCCCCAGGGCGCAGGUCUCUCUGAUCAGCACCUCCUUCGUGCUCAAAGGGGACGCGACCCACAACCAGGCGAUGGUGCAUUGGACCGGCGAGAACAGCAGCGUAAUUUUGAUUCUGACCAAGUAUUACCACGCUGACAUGGGAAAGGUGCUGGAGAGCUCUCUGUGGAGGUCAUCAGAUUAUGGGACCUCAUAUAUCAAACUCAACUUGCAGCCAGGCAUCACUACUGUGAUUGACAAUUUCUACAUAUGCCCUACAAACAAGAGAAAGAUAAUUCUUGUUAGCUCAUCUCUUAACGACCGGGACCAGAGCCUUUUCCUGAGCACUGAUGAAGGAGCCACCUUUCAGAAACAGCUCAUCACAUUCUUUGUUGAAACUCUGAUUUUCCACCCCAAAGAGGAGGAUAAAGUGGUUGCCUACACUAAGGAGAGCAAGGUCUACUUAUCAACUGACUUGGGAAAGAAAUGGACCCUUCUUCAAGAGCGAGUGACCAAGGACCAUGUUUUCUGGGCUGUGGCUGGAGUAGAUGGGGAACCAGAUUUGAUUCAUAUGGAAAUCCAGGAUCUCAGUGGAGGUUUCCGGUAUGUCGUCUGUCAAUCCCAGAAUUGCUCUGAUAGAACACCCAAGAUCCCAUUUGCCAGGAGCAUUGACCACAAUUCCCUGACUGUGCAGGACGACUACAUAUUCUUUAAGGCGACAACAGCAAAUCGGACUAAAUACUAUGUAUCUUAUCGACGCAAUGAAUUUGUUCUGAUGAAGCUACCAAAGUAUGCACUUCCUAAGGACUUGCAGAUUAUCAGCACUGAUGAAAAUGAGGUAUUUGUGGCUGUCCAAGAAUGGUACCAAAUAGACACGUACAACCUUUACCAAUCAGACCCACAGGGAGUGUACUACUCAAUUGUGCUUGAGAACGUGAGGAGCAUGAAGCAACCAGAAGAGAACGUCCUGAUCGAUAUCCUGGAGGUCAGAGGUAUAAAAGGAGUCUUCCUGGCCAACCAAAAGAUUGAUGGAAAGGUCACAACACUGAUAACUUACAACAAAGGCCGAGACUGGGAUUAUCUGAAUCCACCUGCCACUGAUAUGAAUGGCAAACCCACCAACUGCAAACCUCCUGACUGCCAUCUUCACCUUCACCUCCGCUGGGCAGACAAUCCAUAUGUGUCAGGAACUGUGCAUACCAAGGACACAGCACCCGGUCUGAUCAUGGGAGCAGGUAACCUGGGCUCUCAGCUGGUAGAAUACAAAGAAGAAAUGUACAUCACAUCUGACUGUGGAAAUACUUGGCGUCAGGUCUUCGAAGAGGAACACCACAUUCUGUACCUGGAUCAUGGUGGAGUGAUUGUGGCUAUCAAAGACACAUCCAUCCCCUUGAAAAUACUCAAGUUCAGCAUUGAUGAAGGUCACACCUGGAGCACACACAAUUUCACCAGCACCUCUGUCUUCGUGGAUGGACUGCUAAGUGAGCCAGGCGAUGAGACUCUGGUGAUGACGGUCUUUGGUCACAUAAGUUUUCGUUCAGAUUGGGAGUUGGUGAAGGUGGACUUCAGACCCUCUUUUCCCAGGCAAUGCACUGAAGAUGAUUAUGACUCCUGGAAUCUCACCAAUUUACAGGGCAAUCGUUGUAUCAUGGGCCAACAGAGGAGUUUCCGGAAAAGAAAGACCACAUCAUGGUGUAUCAAGGGGCAGAGCUUCACGUCAGUGCUCACAUCCAGUGUGUGCAAGUGUUCAAGCUCAGAUUUCUUCUGUGAUUAUGGGUUUGAACGAUCAGCACCUUCAAAAUCAGAAGCCAAAAAGUGUUUUGCAAACUUCUGGUUUAAUCCUGACUCUCCUCCAGAAGACUGUGUGUUGGGACAGGCAUACACUAGCAGCCCAGGGUACCGGAAGGUGGUAUCCAAUGUCUGUGAAGGAGGUGUGGACCUGCAGCGGUAUGUGUUCCAGCAUCAGUGUCCCCUGACAGCUCCUAGAGGAUUGCAAGUCAGCAUCAAAGGAGAGACAGUUGCUGUGAAGCCAGGAGAGGAUAUCACAUUUGUGGUCAGACAGGAACAGGGGGAUGUUCUAAAUACUAAGUACCUAGUGGACCUUGGUGAUGGCUUUAAGGCUGUCUAUGUGAACCUCACUGUGACAGGGGAACCUAUCCGACACCGUUACAUGAAUCCAGGAAUUUACCGAGUCUUUGUCAAAGCAGAGAAUGCUGCUGGCCAUGAGGAAACUGUGUUGUUUGUUCAAGUGAAUUCUCCUCUGAGGGCUUUACACCUCGAAGUGGUUCCUGUUAUUGGAGUAAACCAGCAAGUCAACCUCACUGCUAUUCUGCUGCCCCAGAACCCCAAUCUAACGGUCUUCUACUGGUGGAUAGGAAACAACCUGCAGCCCCUGCUCUCUCUGGAUAACUUUCUUGUCACGCGAUUUUCAGAAACGGGUGACAUCCGAGUGACCGUGCAAGCCUCUUGUGGGAAUUCCAUGCUCCAGGACUCCAAAGUCAUCAGGGUUUUAGAUCAGUUUCAAGUUUUGCCCCUGAAGUUUACCAAGCACUUGGAUAUGUACAAUCCCAAUAUCCCCGAAUGGCGAGAAGACAUAGGCCUGGUAGUCACCCGCCUCCUUUCUGAGGAAACCAAUAUUCCUGAAGAGUCUCUGCUAACCGUGGUGAAGCCAGGUCUGCCCACAACUGCUGACUUGCAUGUGCUUCUGCCAUCACCUAAACCAAAGAGGAAGAGGAGCAUACCAAGCGAUAAGAGGAUCAUGGCCAUCAAGCAAGCCUUGAAUGCCCACAACAUCAGCUUUUUCUUAAGAGGAGGCUUCUGGGUACUUGUAACAUUACGUGAUACAGAUUCAGAUUCUCAAAGGAUUGGAGGAGGAGGUGGAUAUUGGGCCCUCAUUGUUCUUUUCCUUAUCUGCCUAUUUGCAGUGGGAGCCUUCAUCCUCUACAAAUUUAAAAGGAAACUACCUGGCAGAACUGUCUAUGCCCAGAUGCACAAUGAAAAGGAGCAAGAGAUGACCAGUCCUGUCAACCACAGCGAGGACACACAGAACAUCAUCCAGGGUGAGGAGUUUAUAGAUGAUGAUGUGGAUUCCCAAACCCUAGGUAACACCAGAGUGACCUCUUCUGAGAGAGGGGGAAGCUUGAGCAGCCACCGAAUCCCCUUAUUGCCGAUGCCAGUCACUGCCCAGUCACAGGUAAUCACUCAGGCGUGGUUCUGAGCAUCAACUCCCGAGAGAUGCACAGCUACUUGGUUAGCUGAUGUUUGCAGCUGGACACAAACACGGAAGACUCUUCUCCCUCUUGUUUUGUCUCCCCCCACCCUCCUCCAUCCCCACCCUGGGGAGGUCGCAGGAUGGCAAGCAUGGCUAUGAUUGAUGUUGGAAAAGGAUAUUCCUGAAAAAAGACACCCAGAAGAAUGGUCAUUGCUGAUGGUCCCCAUUUGGAAGAGGACACAUCUCACCUCAUAUUCACUGGAUGGACUUCAAGCCUGGACCAACUCGAACACAAACUUUGUGAGCAGAUACAUGCAGCCCAAGGCACUCCCCAGACUCCCUGAUCCUGGUGUUCACUUCUCCCCAACAUUUGUGUAUUUGUUCUGAUCUAUUACACCUAAUGACCCUUACCAUUGACCUGUAGUCUCAGAGGCCUAAUUGGAAAUGUCUAGCAGCAGAAAAAAGGACCAGAAAGAGGCCUCCGUAAGGGUUGUGAAAUCCCCACCCCCUGCUAGUUUGACCCUCAGAGUACCUAAGAGCAAACCUGAGUUCUCCUGCUCUCCAGGAAUACAAACCCACCUUGGCUAACUUCUUCCUCUUCAACUCUAUCCUGAAAUGGUGAAUUUCCUUAAACUACUGGGAUUUCUUGCUCUUAAGUAGGAAAAUAAACCCUAGCAGAAGUCCUAACACUAAUAACUCCCACUAUCCCAACACUUUUAAGAUUCCCAAAGUGUUUUCCUCCCAAUAAUUAUGUGAAAUAAGACAAAUUUUAUUAUCCCCAUUUUAUAGAUAAGGAAACUAGGACUCAGACUCAGAGUCAGGACUUGAAACCAAAUCUCGGGAGUCUAGGUCCAGUGUUUUUCCCCCCAAUAUACCUAGUAUCAAAGGGGCAACUAGGUGGAAGAGUGGAUAGAGGGCUGUCCCUGGAGACAGGAAGACCUGAGUUCAAAUCUGGCCUCAGAUACUUACUACCUAUGUGCCCCUGGACAAGUCACUUAACCCUGCUUGCC